GGAAGAAAACACUAAAAAAUCAUCAUUGAGUCAUUUGACAUCUUCUUUGAUGACAAAUAAGGAACAAGACAUGAAGGAACCUAAAAUUAAGCCUUCAUCAAAGAGACCAAGAAAGAUGGCCGCUAAUAUUGGUGAUAUCAUGUCUUCAAUAGCUCCUCCAAAUAUUGGCAUGAACAAGAGGCAAAAGAAAUGCCAACAAGAAAUGCCAAGGACUAGGUUCAAGGAAUCUCAACCCGUGAAGAAAAAUGCCAACGAGAAGCCUACUAUGGAAUGCCAACGAGAAAUGCCAAGGACUAGGUUCAAGGAAUCUCAACCCGUGAAGAAAAAUGCCAAUCAGGUAACACAAAGUAUUUAAGUAUCAUAAGCUUAAUUCUUACAGAACUUUUUAAUUUAUAUGUGUCUUCAUUAGCAUACGUAUUUAUUUAUUUGCAGAAGCCUACUAUA